UGCCACCUCCCAAGGACAAACCUCACAACUCAAGGCCCAAGUCAAGAGAGUCUGAAUGCAAGAGCCUCCUGAUCUAGUGGCCAAGACCGCCUCUGACCUCCUGCCAUGUACCCCAACCCUCUCAUCUACUGCACCUGCUGGGACCCCUGGAACUUGGGACCACGGAAGCUAAUCAAGACCCCUCGGCCACCAACCAAGACCACCGUAGGGAAGCCCAAGCUAACUCCUCUUCCUCCAGCUGCAAAAAAACAAAGUUGUGUUCAACCAACAACAAAACCUGUUGUUGCCCCAAAAGUGACAGUCGAUUUAGGAAAACAAGAGGAGAGCAACACAUUACCUAAUGAAGUGAUACAUGUGUCACCUGGCUAUCGCCUCAUUCGAAAUAGGGAGCAGAUUUACGUCACCUUGGGAGAUGAAAUGUUUGAUAAGAAAAAGCAGUCGAAAUCAGAGAUCAUGGACAGAAUCAAAAUUUCCAGGACUGAUAUCAUUACUGACCUCGAAGAGCAGAUCUCAGAGCUGACUGUGAUCAUUGAGCAAAUGAACAGAGACCAUCUGUCUGCCCAGAAAUUGCUCUCCGAUGAAAUGGCUCUCCACUGUGCUGAGAUGCAGGAGAACUUCGAAAACAAGAACAAGGAGCUCAAAGAGGCUCACGCAACAGAGCUCAGUCAGUUGGAGAACAACUACAAAGCAUCAUUGAAGGCAGAGAAGCUGGCUGCCCAAGAAAAACUAGAUGAGAUGGAAAAGGAAUAUAAGUAUUUGAAGAAUAUGUUUCAUAUGUAUCAGGACAGCGUUUAUGAUGAAAUGGAGGACAAGUGGUCGAAGAAGAAGGCAGAAUGGGAAAAGGAGGAGAAGUUAGAGCGGGAAAAGAUCCUGCUACAGCAAAAACAUAAAAUGACAAAAAAGUUUGAGUUAGAGUCAAUAGAAGAAAAGAAGAAAAUAAAUGAUUCCUACAGUGCCAUCUUUGAGAACUUCAUUCGAGAGAAGGAGGAGCUACUGAAACAACAUGAAAAGGAUACCUUACAAUUAGAGGAGCUAAGAAAGACCAAACAGGUCAUGGAGGAAGAAUUGAAUACACAAGCUGUUAUCCUAGAAACACUUAACACAACCCUCUACCAAACCCAGAUGGAACUUCAGAGAGAGAAAGCUACAGUGGGAAAUCUGGAGAAAAUGUUCCAGAUCAAGCUUGCUGAAGCUGAAGAAAAGUUUAAAUAUACCAUACAGCUUCUGACAGAAGAAAACAUUCAUCUAAGGCAAAAAAUAAUUGCCAAGAAUGAAGAAAUUUAUGAAGAACGAUCUGGGAGAUCAACCUCUAUUUAUGAGGAUAAUUCUGACACUUUAGAAGAUGACAAAAAUGAAAAACAAGAAUUGUGAGCAGAAAAGUUGUUCUCCAGUACAAAGGAUGGUAGGAACACCAUCUCUGUAGACUUUGAGAACUCUGGUGAGGUUUUCUUGAGAAAUGUGUAUUAUGAGUUUAGUUCCUGGGUUGCCUUGGUUCUACUUUUGUCUUUUCACAAUUUGCUUUCUUCUAAGUGGUUGGGAAUGUUUGAAUUCUCAUCUCAAUUAUACAGAUUUUCAAGACUCUUCAAUGAAAGGUGAUGUUCUCUGUAUCUGGAUCUGAGCUUUCUCUGGGCAUUGUACUAUUUUCUCUUCCACAUUUAUGUAUUUCAUUAUGAAAACACUAAUCUGAAGAACUUCUCCCUAUUAAAUGUUGACUGUACUUUGACGUUUAGCUUUUGUCCCCCAGGGGCAUUUAGCUAGCAAGAAUGAUAAUUUAUUGAUUCAAUUCCAAAAACCUUUUCUCUUAUGUGUGUCCCC